GCUUUUACUGCGUUCCACUGUUCUUCAUCUUUCUUCUGGUCAAUGGUUGCUCUACAAUUAUUCUAUUUCUCCCAUUCAUUAUUAUCCACCCAUUAUUCUCACUAGGUGCAAGUAUUCCUCUUAGCGCCAAUUUCAGCAAAUUUCAAUACUUUUCACGAAUUCAUCAUUUUAUUUUUUAUUUUUUUCAAUCUACAGAGUCCGAAUCUCUUUUGUUUGGGUUUUAAAUAUUCAAGUUUUUUUCAAAGGAUAUUUCGUUACUGGGUAUCCAUUAUCCAAUUUCCAUUUUCUCAAAAAAACCAUGUCUUUGUUCCUUAAAGCUUUGCCUUUGAUGGCCUUCCGCACGAGGCCAUGUUUGGUGUUUCUGUGCAGAGUUUCCAACACCAUUCCACUGUCACUUUCCAGAACCAGUACCAGAACCAGAACCAGAACCGUGUUUUCUGAUUCUGCUUCUGCAUCUGAAACACUCACUUCCAAUGCUAAACCACCUUUGGCCCUCAGUGAACCCCUUGAGUGGGUCAACAGGACUGCAUUUUGUGGUAAAUUGUCUUCAAAUGAUGUGGGAAAAAGUGUCCAGCUUUGUGGUUGGGUUGCCCUUCACAGGGUCCAUGGUGGCCUCACAUUUCUUAAUCUCAGAGACCACACUGGCAUUAUUCAGGUUACAACCCUUCCAGAUGAAUUUCCAGAUGCCCAUUCUGCUAUCAAUGACCUGAGACUUGAGUACGUGGUUGCCAUUGAAGGUGUUGUCAGGUCUAGGCCAAAUGAGUCAAUCAACAAGAAGAUGCAAACUGGCUUCAUCGAGGUUGCUGCAAAUAGAGUUCAAGUGCUAAAUUCUGUAAAUUCAAAGUUGCCAUUCUUGGUCACUACAGCAGAUGAUGCAAAAGACUCUCUUAAAGAGGAAAUCCGUUUGAGGUAUCGAUGUCUUGAUCUGAGGCGGCAACAAAUGAAUUUCAUCAUAUUGCUGCGGCAUAAGGUGGUUAAACUCAUUCGAAGAUAUCUAGAAGACAUUCAUGGUUUUGUGGAGAUUGAAACUCCCAUAUUGUCAAGAUCCACACCAGAAGGUGCCCGGGAUUAUUUAGUUCCAUCAAGAAUCCAGCCAGGAACAUUCUAUGCCUUGCCACAAAGUCCUCAGCUAUUUAAGCAAAUGCUAAUGGUAGCUGGUUUUGACAAAUAUUAUCAGAUUGCAAGAUGUUUCCGUGAUGAAGAUUUAAGAGCCGAUAGACAACCUGAGUUCACCCAACUAGAUAUGGAAAUGGCCUUUACUCCUUACGAGGAUAUGUUAACGCUUAAUGAAGAAUUGAUUAGAAAGGUUUUCCUUGAAAUUAAAGGUGUGGAGUUACCAAACCCUUUUCCCAGGCUUACAUAUGCUGAAGCAAUGAGUAGAUAUGGUUCAGACCGGCCAGAUACCAGAUUUGAUCUUGAUUUAAAAGAUGUAUCUGAUAUUUUCUCAGGGUCUUCCUUCAAGGUAUUCUCUGAUUCCUUGGAGAAUGGGGGAGUUAUCAAAGUGUUAUGUGUACCUUCUGGUACAAAAAAAUACUCAAAUUCAGCCCUUAAGAAAGGUGAUAUUUACAAUGAAGCACUCAAAUCUGGUGCAAAGGGUUUGCCUUUUCUCAAGGUCUUGGAUGAUGGGAAUAUUGAAGGAAUCUCUAUUUUAGUAUCAAGUAUGGAUCCUACAACUAGAGGGAAUUUGUUAAGGCGAUGCUCUGCAGGACCAAGCGAUCUGAUUUUAUUUGCAGUGGGUCAUCACGCGUCUGUAAAUAAAACUUUAGACCGUCUUAGAGUUUAUGUAGUCCAUGACCUAGGUUUGGUUGACCAUGGCAGGCAUUCAGUUUUGUGGAUCACUGAUUUUCCGAUGUUUGAGUGGAAUGAUCCAGAGCAAAGGCUAGAGGCUCUUCAUCAUCCUUUCACUGCACCAAAUCCUAAAGACAUGAAUGACCUUGCAUCUGCUCGUGCGUUGGCUUAUGACAUGGUUUACAAUGGAGUGGAGAUUGGUGGGGGAAGUCUAAGAAUUUAUAAACGUGAUAUACAACAAAAGGUUUUGGAGGUUGUUGGCAUCUCAAAGGAGCAGGCUGAAGCAAAGUUUGGUUAUCUUCUUGAAGCACUUGACAUGGGGGCUCCACCACAUGGAGGCAUAGCUUAUGGGUUGGACAGAUUGGUUAUGCUGUUGGCGGGGGCUAAUUCCAUAAGAGAUGUUAUUGCUUUUCCAAAAACAACGACUGCACAUUGUGCCCUCACGAGAUCACCAUCUGAGGUGGAUCCUCAGCAGCUGAAAGAUCUGUCAAUUACAACUUAGAUACAUAUUCAACACUCCACACCCAUUUUUGUAUUGCUCAAAGGAAUAAUUUAUGUAUAUCAAGGAAGAGGAGUUUUAAUUAAUUCAAUGUAUAUUUUUUAAGGAGGGACGCUGGUUAUGAUUGUAACAGGAGGUAAACCUACAUAUGCUAAUCACAUUUUUGAGCCAAACAAAUUUAUAGAAAUAUCUUAAUUACAAUUGGAUGUAGUUACAAUUUUC